UACUUGAUUUUAUUAGUAUAAACACAGAUAACAUGCACACAUCCAUUGGAUCAAUGUGGGUGCACCAAGACUGCGCCUGCGGGCCCCCGGGGCGUAUCCCUGCACGCUGACCUCGCUCCAUCAGUCUGCAGCAAUUAAAGCCUGUGCCCUCCUUCGUUCUCGUCACCCUGUGUUUGUACACCUGGCACUCUGCGUACCCAUUGACCAUCGAUCUUGAACAGGGUCGCGUUCGUCUAUCUACACGGCUAUAUGGCUAUCCAGCCGUAGCAUCUAUCUCCCACGCAGCCCUCCCCUUGACCCCUUGGGCAGUAUAUAAGCGGCCGGCACCUGAGGCAUCUCUUGCUAUCAAGUGCAAGUGCCCACCACUAGAGUCUAGAGCAUCUCGGGCACUAGUGUAGUGAGACAGGGCGACCGUCGCCAUGCCGAAGCUGCAGAGGUUCAGAGGAGUGAGGCAGAGGCACUGGGGCUCCUGGGUCUCCGAGAUCCGCCACCCACUCCUGAAGACGAGGAUCUGGCUGGGCACGUACGAGACGGCGGAGGACGCGGCGCGGGCGUACGACGAGGCGGCGCGCCUGAUGAGCGGGCCCGCGGCGCGCACCAACUUCCCCCUGAGCAGCAGCACCGGCGCGGGCGCCACCCUCUCCCCGACGCUGCGCGCCAAGCUGGAGAAAUGCUGCACGGAGUCGCUGUCCAAACAGCCGGCGAAGGACGACGACGGCGCGAACGCGUCGGGAGCAGAGCGCGACGGCCGGCAGGAGCAGGGCGUGAAAGCCGAGGUCGGCGAGGACGACGGCGAGGAGUACAUCGAGGAGAUGAUCAGGGAGCUCACCUACUAUGGCCCCGUGGAGAUACAGCACCCCUCCUCCGGCUCCUCCGGCGCCGGCGCCGGUGCCGGCCCGGCCUGCUCGAGCUCGGCGAUUAGGUGACCGAGCAGCUAGCCAGCCAGAUUAGCAGCUAGCUUAGCUAGCUAGGCGAUGCAGCAGCAGCCGUCGUCGUCAUCUACAGCAGCCGUUGUUUGGUUAGGCACAUUAGCCGUCCAUUUGGGAGAGAGGGGGUCCCGGUCCGGAGGAAAUGGAACGCGAGUUGCAUUGGCACCCCGGCCGGGGCCCUUUCUUCCGCUCUGGGAUUGGGAUUGAGCGAGCCGUGUGUACAGAGCGGGAAGGGGACCAAAGGAUCUUUCGGGAUAAGGGGUCUUGAUUUGGUUCAUGAUGUGAAGCUUGUUCAGGACCUGUCGUCUAGCUCCUUUGGUAUCCCAGCUCUAGCCCCUUUAUCUUCGCAUCGCAAACCUGCAAGUUCCCCGGUUCAAAGUUCAA